GAAACGAUGCAUUUUGGUCCUGCACCGGCAAGAGGAGCACAAUUGCGUCGUCACAAAACAAAGAAGAACGUUCGACUUACACAAGGAAAUUUGAUCUUAGAUUGUCCAAUCCCGAGUAAAUUACAAAGUUUCUUGAGCAGACGAGGAGAGGAGGAAUUCAUGAGUAUGCGAUACACUGCCGCUACCUGCGAUCCAAAUGAUUAUGCAACAUCCAACUUCAACCUAAGGCCUGCGAUCUUUAAUCGUCAUACGGAAAUCUUUAUUGCAAUCACGCUGUACAACGAAGAUGAAGUCCUAUUCACAAGAACACUACACGGUGUGAUGAAGAAUAUUGCUCAUCUAUGUUCCAGAAACAAGAGUAGAACAUGGGGACCAGAAGGAUGGAAGAAAGUGGUUGUGUGCAUUAUUGCAGAUGGACGUAAGAAAGUUCACCCUCGUGUUUUGGACGUUUUGGCCUCUUUGGGUGUUUAUCAGGAAGGUGUUGCCAAGAAUGUGGUCAACGGAAAACAAGUAGAAGCACACAUUUACGAAUACACAACGCAAUUGUCAAUCGAUUCCAAUCUUCAAUUCAAAGGUGCUGAACGAGGAUUGGUUCCAACACAAAUUAUCUUCUGUAUGAAAGAACGCAAUUUGAAAAAGAUCAACUCGCAUAGAUGGUUCUUCAACGCUUUCGGACCGGUUUUGCAACCCAACGUUUGCAUCUUGCUCGAUGCAGGAACAAGACCCGAAGCAAAGUCCAUCUACUACCUAUGGAAAACAUUUGAUCUAAACUCAAACGUUGCCGGUGCUUGUGGUGAAAUCACGGCAGACGUAAAGGGAAAGUGGGGCGUUGGUCCUGCUCUUUUGAACCCAUUGGUAGCAGCACAAAAUUUCGAAUACAAGAUCAGUAACAUUCUCGACAAAACAACCGAAAGUAUUGCAGGAUAUAUUUCAGUUUUGCCUGGUGCAUUUUCAGCUUAUCGUUAUAUAGCUUUGCAAAAUGAUGAAAUGGGACUUGGACCACUUGCUUCUUACUUCAAAGGUGAAACCAUGCACGGUGCAGAAGCUGACAUUUUCACUUCAAAUAUGUACCUUGCCGAAGAUCGUAUCCUUUGUUUUGAACUGGCAGCAAAACGAAACGAAAAUUGGGUUUUACGUUAUGUAAAGAGUGCAAGAGGUGUUACCGAUGUGCCGGAUCGAAUGCCAGAAUUCAUCAGUCAACGUCGUAGAUGGUUAAAUGGUUCCUUCUUUGCUGCUGUUUAUUCGCUCACCCAUACAAUGCAAUUCAUUCGAAGUGGACAUGGAUUUUGGCGAAAGAUCGUUUUGAUCAUCGAGGCGCUUUACAACUUUAUCAAUUUGUGCUUCGCUUGGUUCAGUUUGGGCAAUUACUACAUCUUCUUCCGUAUCUUGAGUCAAUCUUUGGAAUCUCCUUCGUUUGGUUUAAAGGGUGUGGGAAUUUGGAACACAAUCGUGCAAUACAUUUAUAUCGGUACAACGAUCGGAUGUUUCAUCUUGGCUUUGGGUAAUAGACCACAAGGAAGUAAUAAAAAGUACGUCAUGGUUGCUUGCAUAUAUGCUUGCUUAACGGUAUACAUGUUGAUAGCAGCAGUUUUGUGUCUUGCAAAAGCAAUCAAAAAUGCUAAGCAUGAUGCAAUUUACAGUCAAAUGGUCUUUUCCGUUUUGGCAACGUAUGGUGUUUAUUUCUUAUCAAGUGUGAUCGCAAUGGAUCCUUUGCAUUUGAUCACAAGCUUUUUCCAAUAUUUGCUUCUUGCUCCAAGUUACAUCAACGUUCUCAACACGUAUGCAUUCUGUAAUUUGCACGAUUUCAGUUGGGGUACAAAAGGAAGUACAACGAUGGACAAUGAUUUGGGUACGGUAACCAGCACAGAUCAAAACGGAGUUGUAGAAGUGGUGCUACCAACAACACAAGCUGAUAUCGAUUCACUAUACGAUAAAUCUUUACACAACUUACGUACACGACCUAUGAUCAUCAAAGGAGCAGAAGGAUGGGAAGAAAAAGAAUUGAGAAGGUUAGAUUUCUAUAGGAAUAUUCGAACAGACGUUUUGCUUGCUUGGAGUUUAUCAAACGGUGUUCUUGCAGCUUUGAUUUUGGGUGGAAAUAAUUCGGGAACUUUUGAUCCUGGAAGUGGAACAACCCGAAGCAAAGUUUAUAUGGUUCUCGUUCUCGUCUUUGUUGGUGCAAUGGCUUGUGUUCGUUUUGCUGGAAGUACAAUCUUUAUGCUCAUGCGUCUCAUUGCUGGAUAAAAAGUACGUUUUCAAUUCUUUCCCUUCAAGCACCUUUCUCCUGUUGCACUCGGAUUCUCCAGACAUACUGUAUAAAACCCACAUUUCCGUUAUCAUCUUACUCAA